UGCCCGCGCCGUGGCGGGCUCCGACUCGGGCAGCAGCGGCCGCGUCCGCCUCCUCGGCUCCGGGCAGCGUCGCCGGGGAGAGAUGAGUUCGCGGCACCAGGCGGACUGGAUCCCUUACAGUGUUCUGGAUGAUGAGGGGAGCAGCCUGCGUCAGCAGAAGCUUGACAGACAGAGAGCACUGCUGGAACAGAAGCAGAAAAAGAAGCGCCAGGAGCCACUGAUGGUUCAGUCCAACGUGGACAGCCGGGCGAGGACGCGCAGGACGAAACAUUCGGAGGAGCAAGCCCCGCUGGUUGAAUCCUAUCUCAACAGCAACAGCAGCACCAUCUAUCACGUGCAGGAGGCUGAACAGGAAGAUGUAAAGGUGGUAGUGGACGCCCAAGCUCCGAAACCAACUAAAAAAACCAAGGCAGCAGCUGCGAGCUGUCAGAGUAGCAGCACCAGAAAGGAGAAAAAAGGGAAACACAAAGGGAUUGAUGGCCCAGCUGCUUUUCAGGAUGAUGUUCAGAAGAUUGGAAGUCAAGUGCAGAUUCUCACUGUUGGACAGUCUAGCCAUGAUGAAGAUGAUGGCGAGAAAGUGGCUACUGGCCAACAACAGCAAAGCAAGCAAGAUCUUAGAACAGCAAUGCAGAAAAAAGGCAUUUCAAGUAGCAUGAAUUUUGAUGAGGAAGAAGAUGAGGAGGAUGAAGACAGCUCCAGUUCUUCACAGUUAAACAGCAACACCCGGCCUGGUUCUGCCACGAGCAAGAAGUCCAGUAAGGAAGCAGCCUCAGCCCCCAGUCCUUCCACAAACGAGCCUCUCAUAGAUGUGGAUGACCUGGAAGAGUUUGCUGUCAGACCUGCCCCACAGGGGGUCACUGUCAAGUGCAGGAUCACAAGAGACAAGAAGGGAAUGGACCGAGGGAUGUACCCUACUUAUUACCUUCACUUGGAAAGGGAGCAUGGUAAAAAGGUGUUUCUGUUGGCUGGAAGGAAACGAAAGAAGAGUAAAACCUCUAAUUACCUCAUCUCUAUAGACCCAACUGACCUGUCUCGGGGUGGAGAGAGUUAUAUUGGAAAACUGAGAUCAAAUCUUAUGGGAACUAAGUUUACAGUUUAUGACAAUGGAGUGAAUCCAAUGAAAACAACAUCCAGCCUGGAGGCGAGUACCCUUCGUCAGGAGCUAGCUGCUAUUUGUUAUGAAACAAAUGUCCUGGGGUUUAAAGGACCUCGUAAAAUGAGCGUGAUCAUACCAGGAAUGAAUAUGGAUCAUGAAAGAGUUUCCAUCAGACCACGAAAUGAACAUGAGACACUUCUUGCAAGGUGGCAGAACAAAAAUACAGAGAGUGUCAUUGAGCUGCACAACAAAACACCAGUCUGGAAUGAUGACACCCAGUCCUAUGUUCUGAAUUUCCAUGGUCGAGUCACACAGGCCUCGGUGAAGAACUUCCAAAUUAUCCAUGAUAAUGAUCCUGACUACAUCGUGAUGCAGUUUGGCCGGGUGGCUGAGGACGUGUUCACCAUGGACUACAACUACCCAAUGUGUGCACUACAAGCCUUUUCCAUUGCCCUUUCCAGUUUUGACAGCAAACUGGCUUGUGAGUAAAGGGGCGUGGGUGAGCAUCCUCUCGAAGGAAGCAGUUUGCCAUAUGAUUCCCAAUUCCUGCUGGUGUCGCUUAUGGUCCAUACUAAAAAGGUCAGGGAAAAGUGCAGUUGUGGAGGACCACUCUGUUGCUGAAGAGAAAGUAAAAGGAAUCUUCUAAAAAUUCAGGACAUUCAGGAAAUUAUAUUUUCCUUCCUUUUUUUUCCUUUUUUUUCUUUUUUUUUUUUUUUUUUUUUUUGGUUAUACUUUUCUGGAAGUGACAUCAAGUUUUUGUAAAUAGGAGUUGUCUCUCAUGUCCCUGGUUAUGUUAUGGGUGUGUGCCAUGAUGUACUGUACCGUGGCUCCAGUAGCACCAUGACAGUGGUGUCUUUUUUUAAAAUCUAGAACGGGUGUGAGCGCUCCAAAAGUUUCUUUUUACAUUUACGAAUCAUUCCAAGGCUGCAAUUGUACCUCAAGGUUGCAUUCCUGCAUCAACUAAUCAGAGCUUCACGUCAUCCAGCAUAAGAGAAAGAUGAGGAAAAAAUAAUGCACUUUUUAAAAAAAAAUUAAUUUUUUUUUUUGAUUGUGCAAGGAUCUCAUGUAGUAUAAAGCUGAGUCUGAAGGUUGAAAACCUCCACUGGACUGAACUUGGUGCAUUGCUAUUGUACAUGUAGUAGGGCAUGAUGAAUUUUAAUUGCAGUAGGAGGAAAUGGAGAAGUGGAAAGCACAAAAUAAUGUUGCACAAGUCACUUGAAUUCUAAGCUGUCAUUAUGUUUUAACAUCUACAUGCUUUUUAAUUUGUUUCAAAUGGAAAUGUAUUUGCAGUACAGAAAGGGAAAAGGAAAACAUCUAGAUGCCAAGAAAGCAUAACUUAUGUUGAAUUUGGCAUUUUGUGGGCUGGGAAUUUAUAUCCUUGUAUUGCUGUGGUAAUUCAAACACAUAUUUUGUAAGAAGUGAUAUAAACAAUUGGAUAAAGGCACUCUGCAGAGAAUCUUAUUAUUUUGAACAGGCUGUGUAAAACUGAGGAAGGUAAAUGGAAAUAUUUUAUUAAAUUUGUCUGGCCUUUUGAGCUUUUACAAUUUGUUGAUCGCAUUUUUUGAACUUUGAGCAAAAACCACUUUUCAUAUUUAUUUCCCAUUGUAAGAAUGCUUGAAAUCGAUUGAAACUGUGUAUGUUGUUCUCUGAUGUAAACGUGCCAGCUACUGAGCUAAAUCCUUCUAGGCAAAUCUAGUGUAUGCUGCAUACAAAUGAGACACUGGCAGGACACAGAAUAGCUUAAAAUAGUGCAGAUUUUGUAUUUCUUUUUUUUUUUUCUGAUCUAUAUGGAAUAUAUAAACAAACACCAUUUCGGAACAAAACACAAGCAAAGAACAAGCCAUUGUUAUCUUCUCUCCUGAACAUUUCAAAAGCCAGGAGCUGCAACUCGAAAGCACAUU